AUGUCGCUAUUUGCGCCGGCCCAGACCACGACCACCACAGGCUCCGGCCUCUUCGGCCAGUCCUUGGGUGGACAGCAGAAUCAAACGCAGAACCAGCAGCAGCAGCAACAACAACAACAACAACCGUCGACCAGUGCCUUUGGUACCAGCAGUCUGUUUGGCCAGCCACAAGUCCAGCAGCAGCAGCAACAGCAGCAGCAACCACAGCAGCCGAAUGCAUCCUUCCUGGGCACCUCUCAAGCCCCAAUGCAGAGGUUGGGCGCUUCCCUAUGGGAACCAGGCCGCGAUUCGCCGAACCAGAAACCGAUCGACAAGCAGAUGGAGGAUAUCAACGCCAAGUGGGAUCCGGCCAACCCCAGCACCGUCUUCACGCAUUACUUCUACAACAAGGUCGACGAGGCUCGCGUUCCCUUCUACCGUCCCGGGCCCUACGAAGACGAGCAGGAAUGGGACCGAGCCAACCGCGAGAAGCCCGGCCCCGCCUUUAUUCCGGCAUACGCCAAGGGCUUCAGAGCAGUGGGCGAGCGGCUUAAGAUGCAGCGCGAAGUUCUGGCUCAGUUCAACGCCCGGCUGCACGAGAUCAACAACAGCCUGGACGCCAUCCUGUCCAAACACGAUCUAGAAACCAGCGUCCGGGCCGUGAAUGCGCGGAGGAAACAUGUGGUUCUCCGCCAGCGGUGUCUGGCCUUGGCCAGCAAGGUCCAGGUCCUCCGGAACCGCGGCUACGCCUUGGACACGGACGAGGAUGAGCUGAAGACGAGGCUGGAGCAGCUGGACAGGGGCAUGGCCGACCCGGCUCUGAGCGCGAGGACGGAGGAGCUCUGGAGCCGUCUGAUACUGCUGCGCGGGCAUGCCGACACGCUUCGCAACGAGAUCAAUGCGCGAGGGGGCGAGAGCGGCGGAGGCAUCCCCGAGGAAGCCGAACAAAAGGCAAAGAAGCUCCUCGAGUACUACGACAAGCAGCUGCAGGAGCUAAAGAGCACGGUCGACAAGGUCAAGCAAGAUUAUGACGAGUGGGAGAAGGAGAGGAACCCGGCACCGUCGUCGUCGUCGUAA